AUGAUGAAGUUUCGGGAAAGCAUGAGACUCUCUGCUCUGAAGGCCCGCCAGGUGGCUGCAGCUGCUGCAUGGCCGCGAGCACGGCAGGUGUUCGCCCGGCUGCGGCCUGAACCUACACGCCCACGGGUCCCGGCCUUGCCGGAUGCGCAGGGAGCUGCUUCUGCAGGUUGGCUCUUCAUCCGGAAAACACUCAGCACGGGAGCUGGUGCCAGAGAGAUCGAAUCCGGGUGGAGCCACGCGGGCUUCCUCUGUGCCCUGGCGUCCGGCCUGCCACACACCCUCCUGGAGCCUGGUGCCCAGUCCCAGCUCCUGUCUGCAGAGCAGGAAGAGGGGACGUGGAGCCUUGUGGGAACCCACCACCGGAGGGCGCCCGAGAACAAACGCUCUUUGUUUCCAGCUGGGUCCCUAAGUGUCUUAGGGACAAGUCAGUCUCAGGGCGGCCUGGUGGUCACAGUCUGGAUCACGUCCCGGGACAGAUGUCAAAAACGGGGACCAAACAGCUUCAUGGGCGGGGCACGGGGGCAGUUUUUGAGAGUCGACCAAGACAAAGACAAGAAUUGUAGCUUGGAUUGUGCGGGCUCUUCUCAGAAACCUCUCUGCGCUUCGGACGGAAGGACCUUCUUGUCCCGUUGUGAAUUCCAGCGCGCCAAGUGCAAAGACCCCCAGUUAGAAAUUGCUUACCGUGGAAACUGCAAAGAUGUGUCCAGGUGUGUGGCCGAGAGGAAGUACACCCAGGAGCAAGCCCGGAAGGAGUUCCAGCAGGUGUUCAUCCCAGAGUGCAAUGAUGAUGGCACCUACAGCCAGGUCCAGUGCCACAGCUACACAGGGUACUGCUGGUGCGUGACACCCAACGGGAGGCCCAUCAGUGGCACGGCCGUGGCCCACAAGACGCCCCGGUGCCCAGGUUCCGUAAAUGAGAAGUUACCACAACGAGAAGGCGCAGGAAGAACAGAUGAGGCGGCCGCCCCGGUGCUGGAGACGCAGCCCCAAGGCGAUGAGGAAGACAUCGCAUCACGUUACCCCACCCUUUGGACUGAGCAAGUGAAAAGUCGUCAGAACAAAACCAACAAGAAUUCAGUGUCAUCGUGUGACCAGGAGCACCAGUCAGCCCUGGAAGAGGCCAAGCAGCCUAAGAACGACAAUGUGGUGAUCCCAGAGUGCGCGCACGGUGGUCUGUACAAGCCGGUGCAGUGUCACCCCUCCACGGGGUACUGCUGGUGUGUGCUGGUGGACACGGGCCGCCCGAUUCCUGGCACAUCCACCAGGUACGAACAGCCCAAAUGUGACAACACAGCCAGGGCCCACCCAGCCAAAGCGAGGGACCUGUACAAGGGCCGCCAGCUGCAGGGCUGUCCAGGAGUCAAGAAAUGAAACGAGAUGACAGUCUGCCUGCUCAAUGCACUGUCNNNNGACAUGGUCCAUGCUGUGUCCGACCCAUCCUCUUCCAGCAGGCUUUCAGAACCGGACCCCAGCCACACCCUGGAAGAGAGAGUGGUCCACUGGUAUUUCAAGUUACUUGAUAAAAAUGCCAGCGGCGACAUUGGCAAGAAGGAAAUCAAACCUUUCAAGAGGUUCCUGCGGAAAAAAUCAAAGCCCAAGAAAUGUGUGAAGAAAUUUGUGGAGUACUGUGACGUGAAUAAUGACAAGUCCAUCUCGGUUCAAGAAUUAAUGGGCUGCCUGGGGGUCACCAAGGAAGAGCCAAAGGCAACACCAGAAAACGCCACAGUAAGAGCUGUUCUGAGUGCUUCACCCUUUCCCAUGUAUCAUCAGAAGGAGCCCUGGUGGCACAGUGGUUAA